UAUACAAGAAACCAAUCAGAAGCCAUUAUUGGGUUGGGAUAGGAACUUCAUCAAACUCAUCAUGGCUUCCACUUUUUUCAGCAAGACUCUCAAGUCAACCUCUAUCUCACUUUGUGUGCUUCUACUCCUGCAACCGCUCCUAAUUAAUGGUCAUGGAGGCGAAGACCAUGACAGCAAUAGCAGCAGCGACGAGCACGAAGUUCUGCAUUCGAAAAGUUUGCUGUUGGUGAAAGUAUGGUGUCUGAUAAUUUUACUCUUGACCACCUUCAUUGGUGGUAUCUCUCCAUAUUUUUAUCGAUGGAAUGAAAACUUUCUUCUCUUGGGCACUCAAUUUGCGGGUGGUGUUUUUCUCGGUGCCUCUUUGAUGCACUUCUUGAGCGAUUCAGCUGAGACAUUCGGAGGCCUUACGACCAAAACGUACCCUUUCGCAUUCAUGCUAGCUUCGGCUGGUUAUAUGCUAACCAUGUUUGGCGAUUGCGUGGUUAUGCUUGUGACGAGGUCUAGUGAAACAGAAGCUAGAGUUGAAGUGGAGGAGGGAAGGGUUGAUGUGGAGCAUGAGGACAAGGAAGUUCCAAUUGGAGAUGGGGUCAACCCAGUUUUCUUGAAGACAACUUCUUUUGGAGACACCAUACUUCUUAUUCUUGCCCUGUGUUGUUUCCAUUCAAUUUUUGAGGGUAUUGCUGUUGGAGUUGCAGAUACAAAGGCAGAUGCAUGGAGGAAUCUAUGGACAAUAUCAUUACACAAGAUUUUUGCAGCCGUUGCAAUGGGAAUUGCAUUACUGAGGAUGCUACCAAAGAGAGCAUUUCUAGUAACUGCAGCUUAUUCUUUUGCUUUCGCUGUUUCUAGUCCCAUUGGAGUAGGCAUAGGGAUUGCCAUUGAUGCCACAACUCAAGGAGCUGUAGCUGAUUGGAUCUAUGCAAUUUCCAUGGGACUUGCUUGUGGGGUUUUUGUCUACUUUGCAAUCAACCACCUCAUAGCCAAUGGGUUUAAACCACAAACCAAAUGUUACUUUGACACUCCUGCUUUCAAGUUCCUUGCUGUGCUUCUUGGGGUGGGAGUCAUAGCAGUAGUUAUGAUCUGGGAUUAAUGAAGUGCUAGCUAACUAUGAACAAAUUUGGUUGUGUUGCAUUUGUGGAAAAAUAAGAAUGGUCCGAUAUAGGUUGAUCGUGUUGAAGGAUAUUCAAUUUAUGUGUGCAUUGUCAAACUAUGAUUACUUUCCAUUGUUGCAAUUGGAGAAGAUUAUUCUAGAUUCCUGGUCUUAAUUAGAAUAGGAUUCCUUGUACUCAAAGAUUUUGUACUAAUCAUAUC